AUAAAAUAAAUAAAUAAAUUUUGUUGAGUUGAGUCUCGACAUAUUCGUGCAAGUCAGAAGUUUUAGGAAGUGAUACGAAGUUCACCGGGUCAUCUAGUAAAAUAUAAAAAUAAAUAAAGUGUCAAAUAGUGUCAAAAUGGAACCAGUGGAUGUUCUGAGUCUGGAUGCUGCUGCUUUGAAGGAUUUUCUGAACUCCUUCGAUCAUGUCUUUUCUGAUUGCGAUGGUGUGAUUUGGGAGAAAGCCCCUCUGCCGGGUUCCGGGGAAUUCUUCAAGCUGAUGACGAGACUUGGCAAAACUGUCAACUUCGUGUCAAACAACAGUAUCCGAACGAGAGAGAACUACGAGAGGAUGUUCGCAGCGGCCGGCAUUGAAAAUGGUUUUGAAAGGCUGACUAUCCCGUCAACAGCGAUCGCCGAAUAUCUCAAGUCACACAACUUCAACAAAAAGGUGUACUGUGUUUCGUGCCCUGAAACUGUGAGGGUUCUAGAGGCAAACGGGUUCCAGUGUGAAACAGGACCCCAAAUCGGUCCAGAUUUCUACGUGGAGUACUCCCAAUACCUCGCUGAUGAUGAGGAAGUUGGUGCGGUGGUGUUCGACAGUGAUUUUCAAGUUAACCUGCCCAAGAUGUACAAGGCAAUUACAUAUCUACAAAGGCCUGGUGUGCUGUACCUUAACGGGGCUACCGACAGAUACGUUCCUUUGAUACCUGGCCGGCUAUCUUUAGGUAUAGGUAUCUUCGGGGAUAUAGUCAGUCAAGAGGCCAAGCGUGAGCCGGUGCUGCUGGGCAAACCUGGCAAAGCCUUUGGAGAGUUCGCCAUGAAGAGAGCUGGGGUCACUGAUGCCAGCAGAGUGCUGUUUAUAGGAGACAUGAUCGAGCAGGACAUAGGUCUAGGUAUUGCCACGGGCUUCAAGACAAUGCUGGUGAUGACCAGCGCCACCCACGAGAAGAUGAUGUCCCAUCCCACAAUAAGACCUAACUAUUACGCUAAAUGCCUAGGCAGUGUAGUUCCUGUAUUUAAGAAACUAUUGAAGUAACUUUAGAAUGUCCUACUAUCUUUAUUUUAAUAGUAUAUAUUGUGAUGAAGAAAUGAUUUUAAGACUAUUCAAUGGAUUUUAUCAAUUUAAUAAUAGUUAAGAUCUGGAAUAAUAUAACACAGGCUAUUUUUCAUAUCCAAAAUAAUUUCAUGUUCCAAUGCGAUACUAAAAAGCUCUGAAAGUCUUUCGUGUAUCGUGAAUCGUGAUUAUAGGUUUUAUAUGCGGUAUAUUUCUAUAGUUCACCAUGUUAACUUCGCAUGGCAUUAUUUGAGGUGAACUUCACCUCAAAUAAUGCCAUGCAGUGACCUGUGUAAAUCUUUAUGAGUUUCAGUUUGACUUAGGAUGUUUAUUUAUUUAUUUAUUUGCUAUGAACAGCCAACAAAAGUUACAAUCAUACAUAGAUAAUUUAAACAUGGAUUAAAUAUUGAAUCACGGUUAUUGCACUUUUAAUUAGAGGCUAUUACAUCUUGCUACAUUGCUGCUUGC